AUUGCCAACAUAGAAGAUAUUCAUAUUUGCAAGUCAUUUACACGCAGGCCGUGAGGUAUCAAACACGUCGCCUGAAAGGUUAGCACGUUAAUUGUUCUAAUGUGUUUGUUUUGGAUUAGGUGAUUGAGGCAGGGAAACUAGACGCUGCACGUUCAUUACUUGCUAGACUUCAAGAAGAAGAAGAAAGAAAAAAACAUGACUGUUUGGCUACCGAUGCUCGUAUUAGUCGCAUCGCUUCCUAUUGUGUCCAUGACACCAGAAGAGGUGUGUGACCCAGAUGUUCCCUCUCGAUCUCUCUUAACUGAUCACAGUCAGAGCCACGGGAAUGUCAAGUGCCCAGAAGGAGAGUACUCACGCUGGGGAGUGUGCUCACCGUGUCAAGAAGGGACAUUCAGGACCAAAUUGAUGGCCGAACAAGAUUAUCCAGCCUGUCUUGCAUGCCAGGUACCAGAUCCGGGCAUGAAUGAGAUCGUUAUAAAGCCAUGCAGCAAGACCAGGGACGCUUUGAUAAUGUGUGAAUAUGGCUUUUACCGCUCUGAGACUCCAGGAAAACCAUGUGAUUCCAAAUGUAAACGCUGCUCCAUUUGCGGGAUGGGUACAGAGAUGUUUAAAGACAACGAGGCUCUGAAUUGCUCUGACACCCAGGACACGCUGUGCUGUGCCAACAAAAACGUCGCUGAUGAAGUGGGCAGACGCUGUGUUGAGAUGACCUCCGCUAGGCCUACGACCCCCUCAAGGGUGACGGAAGUUUCGUCUGCAGCCAGCAGCGCGAUGACCUCAACAGAAAUAGCACAACUUGCAAAGUCGAAUCCUGAGCAAAGCGCUGGCACAGGUAGUGUCUCACCUUGUCUAAGUUCCAAAACUCUAAUCAUUUGGUCAAAAUUUUUGGCGCUUGCUAUAUUAAAAUUUCUUUGUAAUUGUUAGUGGUAAUGUGAACAAGGUUGGGGCUGAAUGGGUGUUCGAGCUAAAAAACUGUGGGCCGGUACCCAAAUGGGUCAGUAGGGACAUCUAAAGGCCUCAAAGGCUAUUGAACGUAUUAAAUUGUUUAAUAAUAUUCUCUUGUAAAAGAGGCUUUCUAAGCGUCGUUUUUUUUUAAACCUUAUACAGACUCUACAAUGUAAUGCUAAUUUAAUCUUGCACAUUUUAAGAAAUAAUGUAAUAGCUUGCAUCCGUAGACAGUGCUACUAGCAGGCCCCAUUCUAUUAGGGCCUAUAUACUUAGUAAUUAAACUAUAUUUAUGUCAGACGUAGCUGUAUGUCAGACGUAGCUGUAUUUCAGACGUAGCUGUAUGUCAAACGUAGCUGUAUGUCAAACGUAGCUGUAUGUCAAACGUAGCUGUAUGUCAAACGUAGCUGUAUGUCAAACGUAGCUGUAUGUCAAACGUAGCUGUAUGUCAAACGUAGCUGUAUGUCAAACGUAGCUGUAUGUCAAACGUAGCUGUAUGUCAAACGUAGCUGUAUGUCAAAUGUAGCUGUAUGUCGUAUUGUUGGUAGCCAUUGUCAUGAAAAUGUUUUCAAAUUUAGAAUUUAACUAAAAUAUGUUUAACUUAACUUUUUUUUUCUACUAAGAGAUCUAAUAUACAAUAUUUGAUAUAUAUUCAUAUAACUUUCAAUUCUCUGAUUGUUCCACGGAUCUCCAUAACUUUAAAAUCUCUAAUAUAACAAUCAAUCACUAUAACUAUAAAAUCUCUUAUUUAACCCAGAGAUCUGUAUAACUGAAUAAUCUCUGAUUUAGCCAGAGUUGUGUAUAUUUAUAAUCUCUUUUUUUAGCCUGAGAUGUAUAACAAUAAAGUCUCUGAUACUACAAUAUAUAUAUAUAUAUAUAUUUAUAAAAUAUCCAACUACAUAUAGAAUCCACUUAUUUACAUUCUGUGGCUUAUCAGUAUUACUGUGGAUAAAAGACACCGUGAAUGUGACAUUGGUGUCUCAAUUUAGGAAACCAAAGUACUAAGUCAAAUAAAUGUAAACAUUCUUGAGGAGUUUGGUACUUGAAAGUGAAGCUUUUUGUUCGUUAUAUGUAAGUGCAAUCUUUACAUCAAUGUGGGCCUACACGAAGGCAGUAUUAAACUGUGGCGUCCAAUCUUUUUUGAACACCUAGUCAGGCCUCGCGGGGCAUUAGGGUUCCUCGGAACACAGUUUGGGAAGCACUGGGCUAGGGGCGUUGUUAUAAUCCUAGUACUUUUGGCUUUGUUGUUGUUCUUUUUUAUAUUUAUGUCAAAUGAACAUUCCAUUUAUGUAACAACUUUUUUUUUGCUUUGAUUCCGAGGAACAAUUCUUAUAAAUCUUUUUGGGAAUUAGGAUUUUGGCAAAAAAAAUGAGAGAAACAAUGUAGUGUUGGUUGUGUGGGUGUGUGGGUGUCUGCUUGUGUGCUUGUGUGGACUUUUGUGGGGGUGUGCUUGUGAGGACUUGUGUGGGUGUGUGCUUGUGAGGACUUGUGUGGGUGUGUGCUUGUGUGGGUGUGUGCUUGUGUGGACUUGUGUGGGUGUGUGCUUGUGUGGAACAGUGUGGGUGUGUGCCUGUGUGAGUGUGUGCUUGUGAGGACUUGUGUGGGUGUGUGCUUGUGUGUGUGUGUGUGCUUGUGUGGGUGUGUGCUUGUGUGGACUUGUGUGGGUGUGUGCUUGUGAGGACUUGUGUGGGUGUGUGCUUGUGAGGACUUGUGUGGGUGUGUGCUUGUGUGUGUGCUUGUGUGGGUGUGUGCUUGUGUGGACUUGUGUGGGUGUGUGCUUGUGAGGACUUGUGUGGGUGUGUGCUUGUGAGGCCUUGUGUGGGUGUGUGCUUGUGUGGGUGUGCUUGUGUGGACUUGUGUGGGUGUGUGCUUGUGUGGAACAGUGUGGGUGUGUGCUUGUGUGAGUGUGUGCUUGUGUGCUUGUGUGGACUUGUGUGGGUGUGUGCUUGUGAGGACUUGUGUGGGUGUGUGCUUGUGAGGACUUGUGUGGGUGUGUGCUUGUGUGGGCGUGUGCUUGUGUGAGUGUGAGCUUGUGCGGGUGUGUGUGUGUGUGCUUGUGGGUGAGUGAUUAAUGUCUGAAAUAAGAGUCAGAUCCGUUUGGAGCGCAGUACUGUCUUCGUGUUAGAUGUUAUUUACUUGAUUGAUAUAAUAUACUCAAUGUCAAAGUUUUAAUUAAUUGAUAGUGUGAGUUUAGCACUAGUCUACAUUGUAUAGUCAAUGGCAAUAUUGUAUAGUAUUUAUCCAUUGUUGUAGGCAUAAGGUAUUUAAAUCUACAAUUUUAAUAGCCUGGCAGCUGCCUGUAUUAUUUCCAGCCUCUGGGCAUUGUUGCCUCUUUGCAUUACAAAAGCUUACAUAACCAUUCUCUCUCUACUUACAACCAGGGUACUUAUAUAUGCUAUUUUAACUCACAUUAACAAAUAUCUUUUUUGGGGUAAAGAAAAGAAUCCAACAUUUAAAAGGAUGUCUUGUUAUUGUCACAUUUAUUACGAUAUUUUAAUAUUAACGCCAUUUUCUAUGCAUAUUUUUAUAAUCUAAAUCAACUUUAUAAACCAUACAUAACUAAUGAAUAUAUAGGGUAUGUAUCAUUAGCAAGACACGAAAGGUAAUACUUCGCGUGGUAUAGGAACCGAACAACGCUCGACAGGGGUCUAUCUUUUUUCGCUAUUUUUAUCUGGGGGGUAGCUUAAGAGGCAAAGGGUACAGAAACAACCCGGAUCAAAUUGAGGAGUUUAACACGAACAUUCGCAAUACAGUUGCGGAAAUCACACCAAAUGAGCUGACCAAAAGUUUUCCAAAACAUGAGAUGUGCUAAUGUGUGCAUCGAAGUGCACGGUGUGCACUUUCAACAGCGCCUGUGAACAGUGAACUACUUAGUAUGUUAUUAUUUAAUAAUAUUCUGUUUCGACUAGCUUAAAUUAAAAAUUAUGAUCUAAUAUACUUUGCUCCUACCAGGCCUCAUUUAUCGUGGCCACGAUGUAGAUUGAUUUUUUAUGCUAAUAAGUUUCAUGAUUAUUCUAGUUACAAGAUAUACUACGUGAAUCAUUGCUUGCUUGCUUUUAACCAAACAAAUUAUAUUUAUUGGUUAUUUGUUGACAUUUUUAAAAAAUGAAGGCCCAAUACUAGCAUCCAUCCACAUUUUUAGUUCAUUGUACAAAUAUGGCCCAUAUAUCAGGCACAUCUUGCUUUUUAGUGUAAUAUAUUAUUUAUUUAUUCUAUCCUGCUUUUAUAGUAAGGUUCACAUUUUAGACCAUGCGGUCCAUAGGGCAGAUGCUAUUAAGAUCAUUUGUUUCUUUGGCCAACAGUUAACGAGCAGGGUGUCGUAUGGUUAGAAAACCCCCCUUUACUUUCCCCAAUUAAAGUCAGGUAUCCAUUAGAGUUGGGUGGAAUCAGGGGCGUCCUAAAAAAUCCCUAAGUUCAAAAUCUCAAUUUUCAUUAUUUCAUCAACUCAGGACCCCAGGUUUAGAAGCUUUUAUACGAGACAUUUAUGUUAUCAUUGUGGUAUUGUUAUAAUUAGAGAUUUCCAUAAUAGGCAUAAAAAAUGUAACUAGUUAGUUGUUGUUUUUUCAUUGCUUUAAUAUAGCACAACUUUCAUGCCUAUAGUAUGGUCAAAUCUCUUUUGUGGACCAGUGGAGGUAAGGGGUUAAUGAUUAAAGGUUUUUUUUUUUUUUUUUGGUGCUCAAUUAACACAACUCUGCUGUAGUCUGGUGUCAAACUCGAGACAACUUGAUAGGUAGCUCAGCGGUUUUAGCCACUCGGCCACACAACCCCACUUCUGGUGUACUUUUUUUUUUUUUAAAUUUUGGUGCAUUUUUUUUUUUUUGCAGCCAUUUCGUUAGUAUCACAAAAUAAUUUUAGUAUGUAGGAAGUGUUACACUUUUUUCUCACACUAUGACCUACAGUGUAUUAAAGCACAAAUGGACAACUAACUAGUGGUAGUAAAGGAGAUUUGGUUCGAAGACCAACUGUCAAGAAUCUACAUAUUAUUAAAUUCUAGCUUUAUUCUUUUUUUUUUUAGUUAGCAACAGUAAAGAUUACUUUAGUGCCCUUAACACUAUCUUGAGAUCUUCAAUAAUUUGUUAUAUAUUUAUUAUUUGGUUUAAACACAAAAUGAAUUGUUAAUAUAUGUGUCUAUAGAUUGAUCUUUGUAUAAAUGUUGUAAAAUGUUUGACAUGUUUCGGAUGUUCCUUCAGAGUUGAAGAUAUUUUACUUCCUAGUCCAAACCUCCCGCAGGACGACGAGGGAUGGGAGCGGGCGGGGUUUGAACCCGAGACCAUCGAUAAAAUCCGAACGACAGUCCAGCGCGCAAAUAGCACGACCAGACAGCCAUCUUUAAUACAUUCAUGUAACGACGAAUUACUGUUUUACUUUAAAGGUUUUUUUUUUUUAAAAAAGGGCAUUUUUUUAGGGCAUUUGUUGUAGGGUCAUCUGUUUAUCUGGCCCACGCUCUGUCACGUUUUCAAUUGAAUCUCCUAAGCAUUAGAUAUUUAGAGUUGUGAUAGACGUUGAAUUUUUUUUCUUUUGGUUGUGACGUUGUUAAUGCUGAAAUCUACAUUAGAUGUUUGCCAAAAGUUUAACUAUCGUAAAUUUUAAAGCUCAAGUAUUCAUAGUGGCGUCCGUGUGUCUGUGUUAUCAUUAUUUUUAUCGUUUAUCUUCAUGCAAUGUUGUAAUCUACAUUGUUUUGGUGUCCAAAAAUGUUAUUAUUAUUAUUAUUAUUGUUAUAUUUAUGUAUAUUAUAUUUUAUUUAUGUUAGAUUUUUCACAUAAAUGUAAUGAACAAAAUUUUACAAGAAAGUUGAUUAAACUUUGUGAAAGAUUGCUUGACGGUACAUGUGUUCCAAAGACGAAGAGAAUGGGUAAUAAAAAAAUAUUUUUCAUUCAGUUA